AUGACCUCUAUUGGAACGGGUUACGAUCUCUCAGCUAGUACCUACUCCCCCGAUGGCCGCAUCUUUCAAGUCGAGUAUGCAAACAAGGCUGUAGAGAACUCGGGUACCGCCAUCGGGUUGAGAGUGAAGGAUGGCGUAGUAUUGGCCGUGGAGAAACUCGUUCACUCGAAACUGCUCGUACCAGAGACGAACCGGCGGAUACAGACGAUUGAUAGACACAUAGGUCUGGCUUCAUCUGGUCUGCUCGCUGAUGGCCGACACUUAGCGAACCGUGCAAGAGAUGAGGCCGCGAACUACAUUGAUACGUGGCGAGCACCGGCACCGUUGAAAGAAUUAGUAGAUAGAGUUGGAGGAUAUAUUCAAGCAUACACACUCUACUCAUCCGUUCGACCGUUUGGAUGCAGUACCAUCCUCGGUGGGUUUGACAAGACAGGUCCUGCGCUAUAUGUGAUCGAGCCUAGUGGUAUUUCAUAUGGAUACCAUGGUGCGGCAAUUGGCAAGGGACGUCAGCUCGCCAAGACAGAGCUGGAGAAGCUGAAGCUCGCAGAACUCUCGGCCCGGGAGGCAGUUUUCGAAGCUGCUAGGAUCAUUUACCUUGUUCAUGAAGAUGCGAAGGAGAAGGAAUUCGAGCUCGAGAUGUCUUGGAUAGGUGACGAGACUAACGGUAUACAUCGACCAGUACCCAAAGACCUCUUUGUUGAGGCCGAACAGAAAGCAAAGGAGUCACUGGAGAAUUUCGAGUAGAAGACUUGUAUUUCGUGAUGUGUUGCUAUCGGACUUGCUUUGCCUGGAGCUUUCAAACUGAGAAUCGCGACUUAUCGGAGCAU